AUGUGCUCUCUUGAUUACAGUUCUGACAUUUCUCACCUUGAAGAGUUCUGCAGCUGUCAGUUCUCCACCAGUGGGCAGAGGCACACCAAGUUCUAUGAUGACCCUGUGUCAGCAGUGAAGGAUAUUCCUGAUAAUUCCACCUUACUGGUUGGAGGUUUUGGAUUAUGUGGCAUCCCGGAGAACCUGAUCAAUGCUUUACUGAAGACUGGAGUCAAGGGCAUCACAGCUGUCAGUAACAACGCAGGGGUGGAUAAUUUUGGCCUGGGGCUCCUGCUCCAUACCAAGCAGAUCAAACGGAUGGUGGCAUCUUAUGUGGGUGAGAAUGCGGAGUUUGAACGACAGUAUCUAUCUGGGGAGUUGGAGGUGGAGCUGACCCCACAGGGAACUUUGGCUGAAAGAAUUCGAGCUGGGGGUGCAGGGAUCCCUGCGUUUUUCACCCCCACUGCCUAUGGGACGCUGAUUGAGGAAGGAGGGGCCCCAAUAAAAUACAACAAGGACAGCAGUAUUAGCAUCGCCAGUGAGCCCAGAGAGGUGCGGGAGUUCAAUGGCCGACACUACAUUCUGGAGCGAGGGAUCACUGGGGACUUUGCCCUCAUUAAAGCAUGGAAAGCUGAUCGUGCGGGGAACGUUGUGUUCCGGAAGACGGCGCGGAAUUUUAACCAGCCCAUGUGUAAAGCUGCGAGAGUGACGGUGGUGGAGGUUGAGGAGAUAGUUGACGUUGGAUCGUUUGCCCCUGAAGAUGUCCACAUCCCCAGUAUCUACGUGCAGAGAAUCAUCAAGGGGGACAAGUAUGAAAAACGGAUUGAGAGACGAACUCUUCGGAAGCUGGGGGACUCUCAGCCCAAGCCGAAGACGGAGGCUGACGUCGUGAGGGAGCGCAUCAUUCGGCGAGCUGCUCUCGAGUUUGAGGAUGGCAUGUAUGCAAACCUGGGGAUUGGGAUGCCAAUGUUAGCCAGUAACUUCAUCAGACCUGACAUCACCGUCCAUCUCCAGAGUGAGAAUGGUGUUCUGGGAUUGGGUCCGUACCCACUGGAGGGGGAGGAAGAUGCAGACCUCAUUAAUGCAGGUAAAGAGACAGUUACUGUUCUUCCCGGAGCCUCGUUUUUCUCCAGCGAUGAGUCGUUCGCCAUGAUCCGGGGGGGCCAUGUGAAUAUGACGAUGCUUGGUGGGAUGCAGGUAUCGAAAUUUGGGGAUUUGGCCAAUUGGAUGAUUCCGGGGAAGAUGGUGAAAGGAAUGGGUGGAGCUAUGGACCUGGUGGCCAACGCUGACACCAAGGUGGUGGUUACAAUGGAGCACACCGCCAAGGGAGGAACACACAAGAUCCUGGACAAAUGUACUUUACCACUAACUGGGAAGAGCUGUGUAAACCGUCUCAUCACUGAGAAGGCCGUCUUUGAUGUUGAUAAGAACAAAGGCUUGACCCUGAUUGAAAUAUUUGAAGGACUGACUGUUGACGAUAUCCGGAAAUGUACAGGCUGUGACUUCAGUGUAUCCCCGAACCUCCGGCCCAUGGCACAGGUCUGAGAAAGUGGACAGAGCAGGCUUCCACUGGCUCUCAGCCUCUCCACGACGUUGUCCGAAUCACAAAGGGAACUAUUACAGUGCCUCGAAUAUACACCGAAACUUCACAUCUACACAUGUUAACAAAUCAAUAUUCAACUGAAUGUAUUUUUCUGUUCCAUGACGGGAAAAUUUCACUGACUCUGUGCUUCCCGAAUGAACGCACAUAUCAUGGGGCUGUUGAAAGUGCAGAGUCAGUCAAUUUAUCCUGAAGGAAUGUUAUUAGGGGUUUGAUACAGGAUCCCAUGCCUCCCUCUCACUGUAUCUCGCUGUGUUCUUAUCAGCUGUUUAAAUGUUGCUGUUACAUUUCUUUCUCGUCCAAGUUGCAUCUUAGAAACAGUUGGUUUGUUCCAGGCAGUUUGUAUUCCUCAUCAGUGUGGUCAGUAAUCCUGGAUCUAUUUGCUUUCUUUUCCCCUUGCUGCAGUGAGACUCCAUUUCCCUCUGGUCACCAGGAGCAGUGGGAACAUGGCCUCCUCUGGCUAAGGCAGCCAUUUUGACCUGUUCCUUACACAGCCUCUACUCCUGGUCCACCCAGCAGCUCUGACAGCCAACAGGCAGACAGUGGCUACGUGUCUGACAGGGAGAGGGGGGGGGUGGGGGUUUUGGAGAUCUGUGUGUUGACAACCAGCCAGGCUCCGCUGCAGAGCCCUAGCUGAGACUGAAUACUGACUGUGGACACCAUAACAUUCAGCAACUUUGUCCCUGUGUGAUGGAGAAAGCUGUUCCCUGGUAACGUGCUAAUAGUGCUGUCAACCCCUCCCACCCCCAAAUCAGCCUUCCACUCUGGCCUUUGAACCUGAACCCAGAUAUCCCCCUGGAUUUUGGGAGUUGGAGGUGUCUACAGAGUUGUUAAUUUCUCUGUCUCAGAGCAGAGACCCAGCAGUAAGCCAGGGAGUGGUGCUCAGUGCCUGGGGUUUUCAGCCUCUCCCCUCUUUUUGCCCUGUUCCCUUCGGGAGAGUUCGCAAAAAGACCAUCCUGCCCUAGACCCUCAAACCAGCAGAACAUCAGCAUGACACCAUCUGUUCAAUUGGAGAGUGACAUCUGUAAUUUAUGUAGCGCCUUUUGUGGUAAUAAAGUAUUGCAAGUGUUUUACAGAA